AACACUGUUGUUGCCAAAGUGAACGACGCUGCUUUGCUUUGGAAUGGUUUCUUCUACGAAAUGGUUGAAAAGAUCAAUGAUAAUCAUAGAUUCCAAUUCCCACAGUCUUCUUAUAAGCUCUCUGAGUGAUGCUGACACUACAGUACCAGUAGUAUGUAAAUUCCACUGCAAUGAAUCACAAGAAAAUGUCAGCUGCACGCAAUGCUCCAUUUGGAACUGAUGUUCAACCAACUUGUAAUGUGAAAAUCAUUGGAGGAAAAGCAGUAGAGAUUCCAAUAGAUUCACCACCAACAAGUGCAAAAAAUGGCAAGAAUUUACCACCUGUUGUCCACCAUAGUCCAUAUGGAACCUCUCCAAUGCAGACCCAGCCUAAUAUAACCUGUGAUGAGGGUACACAAGACAACCUUGCAAAACAACAGUAUGAACGGCUACGAGCGAUAGCUUCUAAAACCUCGCCACCAGACAACAGCAACUCGCAUAUCCAUGGUACGAGGACGAGGUCUAAUAGUCUCCCAUGUACUCACAGAGUCCUACCUCCUAUACCAAUGUCCAGUAGGUACCCAUCAAGUGAGAGCACGCCCCCAUUGAGUUCAGGGUUGGCGUCCCCUAAUGAGAGCCUGAGGCUUGAAAAGCCUAAAAUAUCAAUGACAAUGCAGCUUUGUGAUAUGCUUCGAAGCUAUGAUUCAUACUGCUUUAAAGAUAUGUACAGAAGCCUAACAGAGUUUGACCACAAGUUGACAGGCUACGUGAACCAAGCCCAGCUGAACAUGAUCGCGCUUAGGCAUGGCCUUCCCAUCCCUACUACAACGAUGAGGCUUCUUUUCACUAGCUUUGCAAAGGGCAGUAACCCUGAUGUGGUCAACUACGAGAAGUUACUACAGUAUCUAGCCAGGGCUCAGGUGGGCUCACCUAAGGCUGAGACCAUGCUGCAUGAGUCUGUUAAUAGAUUCAUUAAAGAAAUAAGAACACUGGAUAGUCCUGAUGAACAAGUUUCACUAGAUGAGAAGAUUGCAGAGUUUGAAGCAAAGCUCAUUAAAACUCAACAGAGAUCACAUGAUACUCACAAAGUCAAUCAACAGUCAAGUCCAAUGGCUGGCAAUACCAAUCAAAAGCCGAAUCCAGUGAAGGAGAGUUAUGGUAACCAUGGAGACAACCAACAGGUUCAAAGAAAGAAAAAAAGGCGCGAUUCUCAUGGAAAAUCUGAAAUACAACCACUGAAAACUAUCAAAAAACCACUGAAGGUAUUUUCCGAGCGUGAUGAUGCAAUGUUACUCAUGUUAAUUGAGCAACAAGUUAUUCAAGGAAAAGAGGAGAGCAUGAACAUGGAAGAGAUCAGGGAGAGUAUGUCAGACCUCGACAAAACCAGAGAUGGAACCAUUUCACAGAAACAGUUCCAGGAAGUUUGCCUCAAACAUCGUCUGCCAUUCCAAGGCUCACUGUUGGACAAGAUCAUAAUGAGAUGUGAUACAGGUGAAUCGAGGUUAAGUUGGGUAGCCUUCAUUGAAUUUCUAAGCAAGGUGCAGUCAUUAAACUCAUCUCAAGACCCUUCCGAGUCAGCGAUGAAGAGCAGCAAAGAAUCAGAUCGUCCGGGGACAUGGCCUACAUCUCCAAGGCAUAAGGAAACUUCAGAAGUAGCUGAACCAUCUCGACCACCUUGGGAAACCAGAAAGCCUCUUGGGCCAGUAAUGAGGAAAUGUUCCCCAACCAGUGUAGAGCGAGAUGUAACCAGGGACGACACCCCGUCACCUACUCAAAGUGAAGAGAUUGAGGAUGCGCAACAACGCAAACAAUUGAACACUCUUGCUAAGCAACAUGCGGCAAGAGCUCAGCGUAAGGAGAAGCUUGAUACCGGUGCAGAGGAUGAGGAGGUUGAGCCAUGGUUCUCAAGGUUCAUGCACUUGGCCCAGGGAUUGUAUAGCAGUGAUAGUACAAACACAGGUUACUUGCCGAGGGAAGAAAUGGUGCGAUUAGUGAAUAAUUACAACUUGAUUUACAACUUAAAGAUACCAGGGGAGAGGAUAACCAAGGUGAUAAGCAGCUGCAUGGGGGAUAGGGGAGAUGUCAUGAUAGAGCCAUUGCUUGAUUCACUUCGAGUUAGGGUCAGAUAGAAAAAUGGAGGGAGGACAGACAAUCAUUGGAAGAUUUAGGGUCAGGUAAAAAAUGGAGGGAGGACAGACAAUCAUUGGAAAAUUUAGGUCAGAUAAAAAAAUGGAGGAUCAGACAAAAAUUUUGAAGAAUGAAAAUAUAAGCAUGCCAGAAAUAUAUUAUAUUGAUGUUUUUAUCAUAGUAUUGUGAAUAGUAAAGCAAGAUCGACUUAUAAAAUAAUUCGAAUUAGGAAAGUUUAAAUGUAUAAACAAUUUUCAUGUUCAUAAGUACCAUACAACUUUUUGGGAGAAUGGGGGGCUUUAAGGUAUAAAUCAAUUGUGAUUUAUUGAAUAUGAGAUUUCCCCUUAUGAUAAUUACAGUAUUUGUUUGAGAAUUCUUGCCAAAUAUAUUAUUUCUUCAAACAAUUUCAUUAGGUUUUUGUAGGUACAUAGUACCUACUGUAUGCAUACUUUUACGUAUAUGUACGUGUUGUACACAUACUUUUACUUGGUUUUAAAUUAAGAAUUCUAAAAUCAAUAAAUAUAUUAUUGCUUUACAUUUACUGAAAGGUGUUAAUGUGCUCCUUGGUAGGCCAACGGUGGCACAGUAUGUUUGUUAAGUGUGUAUGAUUAUUGCAGCGCGACUGGUAUUAUCCCAAGGAUAGAAGUUGCCCAUUAUAAUUUAGUGCUUUGCGUCCUUUAGCAAAAGGUGCUCUACUAUAUAAAUAUUUAUAUUAUUGUCAUACUGUCUGAUUACUAUUAAAUAAUACUAUUAGUAAUUGCUGAGAGUGUAUUGUAAAUCUAGGACAUUUUUUUCAUUAAAAAAAAAAAUUAAUUUAUUAUUAAUAAACAACUAAAGACUGGCCCACACCGUGUCCGCCAACAGUCAGGCAACAAGUUCAUGCACUGUGUGAGCAGUUGCCCGAUGCAACACCAGUUGCUGACUGUUGGUGGCGCUCUAAGCAGACUCACUGAAAACGAUUGCUUGUGAAAUCUCGUCAGCUCCUGAUGCCAACAAUCAUGUGACCUCUAUUCUGAAGCUGGUCUACUAGUUUCACUAUUUAAAAUAGAUGCAGGCACCUAGAACCCAAAUUUUCAUAUUUCAGAGUUUGAUCAUUGUUUAGAUAUUAUGAAAAGCCUUCAAAACUUUAAUAAAGCUUAAAGUUCAGGGGUGGAUUUAGUGGGGGGGGGGGCCUAAAAAAAGGAAAAAAAGAAAGAAAAAGAAAAAAAUGGUAGCCCACAACACCUCAAAUUUCACUGGGGCAUUCCCCCGGACCCCCUAGAACAUUGUUGUCUCGAUCGGCCCCCACUUUUGGACAUCUCUGGAUCCGCCCCUGAAGUUGGUCAUGAUGAUGUCCUAUGACACCGUUAUAAACUACAGUACAUGUGGCCAAUAGUAUAGGACUGCUUUGGCACAGCAUUUGCGGUUCUGUUUCUCAACCUUUGAGGUUGCAGGUUCAAAUCCUCGCUGUGCAUUUUGCUUAGGUGUCCUUAGGCCUUUACCUACGGUUGUCUCUCUCCACCCAGGAGUGUCAGUUACAGCUGAACAACUGAGUAUGUGUUCCAUAUGUGCUUGAUCUAAUGACCAGGGGUAGUUACGUGAAGCGGUUAGAGGCCGUGUUGGCAAAAAGUUUAACAUCGUAUUAUUAUUAUUAAAUCACAGGCAUCUGUCACAUAGUGUUAUGACAGAUUUAGAGUAAUUACCAUGGCACGUUUGUGUACAAUUAAUGAAAUAAAUUCAUGUGUUUAUAUUUCAAAAGAACUUCUAAUUUGUAAUCGACUGUUGUUUUUUUUCUUCAAAAUAAUCUUCAAAGGGAGGAGAUUCAUAUAUAAUUCACUUCAUCUCUUUAACAAACAUGUGAUGAAAUAGUUUUUAAUUGAAUUUAUUACACCAUGCCAACAUCUCAUUACUGAAUGUUACGGGAACAUAUGUCAGCGCAUGUUAAAUGGAAUAAAUUGGGUUACCAAGUUGUCUCAA